GACGCCGGAUCGACCGCCGGGUGUCGUUUGUGGUGGAGAGUCCGCGGUCCAUGAUUUCGACGACGCCCAUGCCGAGUCACCCACUGAACUCCGUGCUCAGCGAUCGCAGCUCCGGUAGCGCGCGGGGAGCCGGAACCGGUCCGCAGCAGCAGGUAUCCAUUCCCAGUACGAGCACUCUGGUACCGCCACCGUCUCCAGGGACGGCAGGCGCGCCGUCGCGUAACUACACUGCGGCUGGAUCAUCGGUCUUUGGUUCUGCUGCGCCGCUGCAGGAGGGCGGAAAUUCGACCGUAGGAACUGGCUCCAUGACGAAACCAGGCGCCCAGUUGGUCAGGGACACAAGUGACGACAGUGCUGCAAGCGGUUUCCUCCUCGAACCAUCGAUGGUGCUGUCACCCGACCACGUUGUCGGCAGCCGCAACUCAGCGUCUGUCAUGCCGCCGCAGGGCCAGCAACCCUUUUCGGUUUCCUCGUUCGCUCGCGAGCCCCUUGAGCUGGAUCAGGCAGGUGAUCCGGCCACGACGGAACGACAGCCCGAGCCCGGCACAGAGCGGCACCAGGAAAGUCUGUUGCACAGUAAGAUUGCUUCCAGCAUGCUGCGGUCCUUUGGGUCGAAGCGGGUUCUGCGGCGAUCGUCCGGG